CCGUUUCAUCCGAUGGUGAAUUUGGAAUGCUCCAGAGAUUUUCGACCAUUUCUGUGUGCCCUCUAUGCUCCUGUGUGCAUGGAGUAUGGCCGUGUCACUCUCCCUUGUCGCAGACUCUGUCAAAGAGCAUACAGCGAGUGCUCCAAGCUCAUGGAGAUGUUUGGGGUCUCUUGGCCUGAGGAUAUGGAGUGCACCAGAUUCCCAGAUUGCGAUGAGCCAUAUCCUCGUCUUGUUGACCUCAAUUUAGCUGGGGAGCCCACAGAAGAUGCCCCAAUGGCAGUACAGAGGGAUUACGGUUUUUGGUGUCCUCGGGAGCUGAAAAUAGACCCUGAUCUGGGUUACUCUUUCCUGAGGGUACGGGACUGUUCCCCUCCUUGCCCAAAUAUGUACUUUCGGCGUGAAGAGCUCUCCUUUGCUCGCUACUUCAUCGGAGUGAUCUCCAUCGUCUGCCUUUCUGCUACCUUGUUUACUUUUUUAACUUUUCUGAUCGAUGUCACAAGAUUUCGCUAUCCAGAAAGACCGAUAAUAUUUUAUGCUGUCUGUUACAUGAUGGUGUCAUUAAUUUUCUUCAUCGGCUUUCUGCUUGAAGACCGAGUAGCAUGUAACGCAUCUAGCCCUGCCCAGUACAAGGCUUCCACAGUGACUCAGGGCUCUCACAACAAGGCUUGCACCAUGCUUUUCAUGGUGCUCUAUUUCUUUACCAUGGCUGGCAGUGUUUGGUGGGUCAUUCUUACCAUCACGUGGUUCUUGGCAGCUGUGCCAAAAUGGGGCAGUGAAGCAAUCGAGAAGAAAGCAUUGCUCUUCCACGCCAGUGCCUGGGGCAUUCCAGGAACUCUAACCAUCAUCCUCUUAGCAAUGAAUAAAAUUGAAGGUGACAAUAUUAGCGGCGUAUGUUUUGUUGGCCUCUAUGAUGUGGAUGCAUUAAGAUACUUUGUACUUGCACCUCUCUGCCUGUAUGUUGUUGUUGGAGUUUCCCUUCUGCUAGCUGGCAUUAUCUCGCUCAAUCGGGUUCGCAUUGAAAUCCCGUUAGAAAAAGAGAACCAGGACAAACUAGUGAAGUUCAUGAUCCGGAUUGGCGUGUUCAGUGUUCUGUACCUCGUGCCACUGUUGGUUGUAAUUGGCUGCUAUUUCUAUGAGCAGGCUUAUCGAGGUGUGUGGGAGACGACGUGGAUUCAAGAGCGCUGCAGAGAAUAUCACAUCCCGUGUCCCUAUCAGGUCACUCAGAUGAGUCGUCCAGAUUUGAUUCUUUUUCUCAUGAAAUAUCUCAUGGCUUUGGUUGUUGGGAUACCCUCUGUCUUCUGGGUCGGAAGCAAAAAGACCUGUUUUGAGUGGGCUAGCUUCUUCCACGGACGCAGGAAAAAAGAAGUUGUCAACGAGAGUCGUCAAGUGCUGCAAGAGCCAGACUUUGCUCAGUCUCUUCUGAGAGAUCCCAAUACCCCCAUCAUCCGAAAGUCGAGAGGCACCUCUACCCAGGGCACCUCGACUCACGCCUCCUCUACCCAGCUGGCGAUGAUGGACGACCAAAGGAGCAAGGCGGGCAGCGUCCACAGCAAAGUCAGCAGCUACCACGGCAGCCUGCACCGAUCGCGUGACGGCCGGUACACUCCCUGCAGCUACAGAGGCGUAGAAGAAAGACUACCUCACGGCAGCAUGUCACGACUGACUGAUCAUUCCAGGCACAGCAGUUCUCAUCGGCUUAACGAACAGUCACGUCACAGCAGCAUCAGGGAUCUCAGCAGCAACCCAAUGACACACAUCACGCACGGGACCAGCAUGAACCGCGUUAUCGAAGAGGAUGGCACCAGCGCUUGA